AUGUCCGGUAGUAUGCAGCCUAAGAUACAGUUCAUCAACCUAUCCAGCGCGGCAACGGGGAAGACGAAGGAGACAACAACAGCCGCACGGCGACAGGCUCGCUCUCAUUCGGCCCGUGAGACGCAUGCCCGGGCGAGACGCCUCCGGGCCAUGAACUAUCAGCUGCAGACUGCCAAGCAGGGUGUCCGGGAAUCUUUAGUGAAUGAUGGAGAUAAAUCUUACACGACCACGUCUGUUGGAAGGAGUGCUGAAUCGGAUGCGAAGAUUCUGUCCGACCCAGUAAGCCUGCUGGCACCCGAUCGUAGAGACCCCUUUUCCAGCUUUGUAAAGCCCUUUACGCCCAUAGAGAACUUUCUGCUUGAUUAUUACGUACGAAUCAUCAUCCCUGAGACGAUGGAAAAUUGUAUUUUCUUCAAAGGUAUUGAAAAUGGUUUCCACAGUAUGAUGUCCGACUGGCUGCAGCUCGCCCUCACCGAUAUAGGCUUCUUGAGCAGCAUUUUUCUUUCAGCAUGCCGCCAUCUGUGUCUGUAUCAAGACCAGGAGCAGAAAUACAGACUAUUAGCAAUACAGUACAAGCUUGUGAGCCUCCACAAACUUGGAGAAGCUGUAUUGAGGGGCCCAUCGUCGGUGAACAGCAGCACUAUUGCCAAUGCCCUAGCGCUGGCGCUGGAGGAGGCGGUGCUCGGCAAUAUAAUCACUUUCCGAAACCAUGUGCUCGGAGCUACUAAGAUGGUAGAACUCAAUGAUGGAGCUAAAACCUUCGGUCUAAGCUCAUUUCUCCGUUCUCUUGUCCAGAGCUUCAUAGCUAAUAAGGAGUUCCUUGGGACUGCGCCUGGUCCCGAUGAAAUACCCACCGGUACUCUGGAACAUCAUGAUCAAGGCAACUCCGUAGGCAGACCCCGGUCUUGCGGUGGUCUUGCAGAGAGACAACUUGAGGGGUGA